UUCCAACCUACUGCUUUUACACAGACAAGACGAAGAGGAGUAACUCUGAACUAUUGGAAUUACACGAACUUAACUAUUUUCUUUUUGAAGAUAAUUUAUUAUUUGAUGAAAAUGUCGGCUCACACUGUUUUUCUUACUUUAUUUUGUGCACAGAUGUGCACAAUGGUAUGGUCCCAGAUGUGCCCACGUACAUGCCAGUGCCCCAAAGAGCCUCCCAUGUGUGCCCGCGGGGUGCAGCUGAUUUUGGACGACUGUGCGUGCUGCCUUGUGUGUGCGCGGCAAGAAGGACAGCCCUGUUCCGACCUCCACCCCUGCGAUACACACAGAGGGCUGACCUGUGACUACACUAUGGACAAAAAGACUGGCAUAUGCACCUCUCACGGUGGACAGGUCUGCGUUCUAGAUGGGGUGGUGUAUCAGAAUGGUCAGAUCUUCUUCCCCACUUGUAAAUACCAGUGCAUUUGCCGUGACGGUCAGAUUGGCUGUGUGCCCCAGUGUAAUGUGGACGUGAUGCUGCCUGGACCGGACUGCCCCAUGCCCAGGCGGGUGCAUGUCCCAGGAGAGUGCUGCGAGAAGUGGGUGUGUGAGGCCCCCUCUGAGGCCAGUGCUCUGGGAGGCUUUGCCAUGGCUGCUUAUCGUCAGGAGGAAACUGUAAGCUUUGACGGGUGGGACCCAAGCCUGAACUGCAUUGAGCAGACCACUGAGUGGGGGGCCUGCUCUCAAACCUGUGGGAUGGGACUGUCCACCCGAGUGACCAACAAGAACAGCCGGUGCGAGAUGGUGAGGCAGAGCCGCUUGUGCAUGGUCAGGCCAUGUGGGGAUCAGCAGACUCAGGGGGCAGUGGCACCACUCAUGCCAAAGAGAGGCAGUAAGUGUCAGAGGAUGGUGCGUAGUGAGACUUCCAUCUAUCUCUCCUAUAAGAACUGCACCAGCGUCCAGGCCUACAAGCCCCGCUACUGUGGCACCUGCACUGACGGACGCUGUUGCACCCCCCACCGGACCAAGACGGCCCUCCUGGACUUUCAGUGUGCCAAUGGUAAAACCAGCAGGAGGCCAGUCAUGCUCAUCCUCACCUGCGUGUGCCACAACCACUGCCCCAGAGACAAUGCAGAGUGGAACACACUCGUCUUAUAGUUUAGAACAUAUAUGACAUGUUAGUAAUGUGCUUGUUUUACAGGCUUGUAGAGACUUAAAAGAUGAUUUUCACAUGAAAAUCCUUAGUCCUCUGUUAAAUUUCACAGCACUUAAAUAAUGAACAGAUUUUUUUCAAAAACAUUUGACAAAGAAUCUUGUGGUCUUUGCUGACUGAGCAGUGGUUAAUCAUUCUGGCUUUGAAAUAAUUACCCUGAAAAGACCAGUGGAAGAUGACUGUAGCUGCCCUGAGCUAAAGAAUCCUGUUGGAAAAUUUCCAACUAUGAGAGACAUUUUUGACAUAACUUAACUGUGUUCUCUGACCUGGUCUGAAGCAAGGCUUAGAUCAUGAAAGUGUUCUUUGUCGUAUCGUGGACAUGGUGUAAUUUCUAACAUGUGUAUGUAACUGUAUUCUCUGUGUCAAACGUGUCAUAUCAGUGUGUUAAUUACAUAUUUGAGAAUGCAAAGUACUUUAGACAUGCUUUUAACUAAUGUUGGAGAAGUGACCAAACAGUGACAAAGAUUUUGUAAAUACUUGCUGUAUAGUUCAAGUGUGCAUUAAAAUGCACAGUUUAUUAUUGAAAUGUAAGAGCAGUGAUGUAAAUAUUCUAAAA